AUGUUUUUUUUGUUGUUUUUUUUUUUUAAUUCCUUCUUCUUUUGCUUUUCCUUUUUUGGCCUGUUUCUUGGUCUUUUCCUUCUUUUUCUUUUUUGCAUGUUUCUUUGUUUUUCUUGCUUUUCCUCUUCUCUUUGUUUCUUUAGGGUUUUUUUUUUUUGCUUUUUGCUUUUUUAUGUCUUUCUUUUAUUUUCUUUUUUACGUGUUUUUUCUUCUCUUUUUUCUUUGCCUAUUUUUUUUUCUUUUAUGGAUUUUUUCCUUCUUGCUUCUUUUUGCGAGUUUAUUUUUUUUUUUUCGCUUGCAUCUUUUUUUUUUCUUUCUUAUUUUUUGUGUUUUUGCACGUUUUUGUAUACUUCUUGUUUGUUUUUGCAUGUUUUCCUUUUCUUUUUUGUUUGUUUUUGUUUUUUUUAUUGUUUUACUUGUUUUUAUUCUUUUUCCUUGUGUUUUGAUUUUACUUUUAUUAUAAUUGUAUUUUUGUUAUUUCUUCUUCUUUUGCUUUUCCUUUUUUGGUCUGUUUCUUUGUCUUUUCUUUCUUUUUCUUUUUUUUGCAUGUUUCUUUGUUUUUCAUGUUUUUCCUCUUCUCUUUGUUUAUUUAAAGUUUUUUUUUUCUUUUUGCUUUUUUAUGUUUUUCUUUUAUUUUCUUUUUUUAUGUUUUUAUUUUUCGUUUUUUUUUGUUUUUACCUUUAUUUUUAUUUUCCUUUUUUACUUGUUUUUUUAUUGUUUUUUUUUCUUUUCUUUGUUUUUUCUCACUCUUCUGAUCGUAUUCUUUUCCUUUUUAUCUUUCUUUUUCACUGUUCGUUUUCUUUCUUUUUCUUUUUAUUUACUUGCUUAUUUACUCGUUUUCUUUCUCUUCUCUACUUAUUUUUUUUUAUUUUUUCUCUUUUUUUACUUGUAUUUUCCUUUUUCUUACACCCCCCACCUCAUCCAUUUUUGUUAUUUUUAUUUAUAACAUUGCUGUUCUUCAGUUACUGUUCCUUGUCCAAGUUAACAUGCCGAAUAACUUUACAAAUGUUUUAA